ACUGACCUUCUCGCGAGGGUAUUUUCGGGUGGGGUGCGCAGUAUUGAAAAAGUGCGUUUCAACAAGUACAGCAGUGCGCAUGCGCUGACCGAACACCCCUGUGCCAGUGAGAGCUCGACUGAUCUGAGUCUGAGUGUAUGUUGUAGUGAGUAUUGCUGUCGACUGGCGGAGCAGCUACACUAUACGUCAAUACGGCAGCAAUACUGAAUCGAGCAACACUGAACAGUCAAGCCAGUCACUGAAAGCGUAAAUGAACUACUCACCAGCGCGUGUCUACACCGCUUUACACCACACUUUACGUUUCAAAUGUUUUCCCUCCAGGUGAAAACUCAAUUCGACACCACCAAUUUGCUACAUUUUCACAUCCCGUGAUGUAAACGUGAAGUAUUAGUGAACACCGGUUCUUUUUCUGUGCAGAAUAGUGACUGCACGACAUACUCUGUGUGUUUUGUGUGAAAAGUGAUAACAAAAAACUAGGAUUGGGGUUGCAGUUUUCUGUUCUGGUGAUAAGGAGCUCCAUCCUUGGAACAAUCAUUCGAAAAAUACUUGCAACGUUGUCUCUGAUCCUCUCAAACAGAGAUCAUGGGCCUGGCAGGCCUCGGAUCGCAAACUCGACCCUGUCUGAGGAUCACGCUGGCCAUUAUUGUUAUGCUGGUGCUCUCAGUGUUCUACUUCGCCAAUGAUAUAGCAACAUUCCCGCACACUGAGUUCUUCUGGAAAUCAAAUGAUUACAAUGGAUUCAUCACAUUUCAAGGCACAUUCGAGUCGAACGUGAGUGACGAUGUCAGCUACAACGGUAGUACGGUGAAGGAAGGCUACUUGGUGUGGAGUCCUUACUGCCGCAUCCCAGACAUCGACCCGAUGCACGAGUCGAUCCGCGCCCUCGUCAAGAAGGUGGAUCCGGUCACCUGCUCCAACAUGAUCCCUCUGACGACGGUCGUCGACCAUCGGCUGCUCUUCAAUCGACGCGUGGCGCCGCAGUACUCCCAGAACCAGAAGAUGAAGUGCUGCUACAAAACCAUUUGGCGGCCGGUCAACCAGGACCAGGAGCAUAAUAAGCCCGAUGACUUUUACGUAUUGAGUUCAUGCCAUGAGUUCCAUUCAGACGUGACACUCAACAACACAAUCGAGUACAUCCUAGUGGAGUGCACAGUGCAGCUGCCAAGGGGAAAGAAGAAAGACGUCUACAAGAACAUGCACGCCAUGACCGUAAAGAAAACACCCAAACACAAACCCGCAAACAAAAUAACUUUUGACCAAGAAAAACCACAGGAACCGAAAUUGAAUGUUCUUAUUUUGGGAAUAGAUGGUGUGUCAAGGCUAAACUUCAUGAGAAGUAUGCCUACUACGGCUGCCUUGCUAGACGAACAGGGGUUGGUUGAGAUGAAGGGCUACAACAAAAUCGAAGACAAUACGUUUCCGAAUUUGAUCGCGAUACUGACUGGCAAAACCUUGCCUCAGUUGAGGAAACUCUGUUGGCCUUCUUCAACCAGUAAAAUGGAUAAUUGCCCGUUUCUUUGGAACAAUUUUUCCAACCAGGGAUAUUUGACAGCAUAUGCUGAGGAUGAACCACAAAUGGCAACGUUUAAUUUCGAGAAAAGAGGGUUCACAACUAUUCCUACAGACUAUUAUUUUCGACCGUUCAUGUUGACUGCGACCAAACAGAUGAGUGCUAAAUACCAGGACGGGUUGAGGGUUUGCGUAGGGCCUACAUCGACUACUGAACAUAUCCUGAAGUAUAUGAUGGACUUGUGGACCAGUGUACAAGAAGGUGUAUACUUUGGUUUGAUUUGGUUGAAUAAUUUUAGCCACAACAGUAUCAACACACCAUCGUCGAUGGAUAGGAGGUUUCAUAAACUGUUUAAAGAUAUGUUAGAUAAAGGAGUCUUGAACAAUACCGCCAUAUUUUUCAUUAGUGAUCAUGGUAGUAGGACUGGAAAGAUUCGGGAAACGUUUGUGGGUUGGUUGGAGGAGAGGCUACCGUUUAUACAUAUUUGGUUGCCUACGUGGUUUAGGGAUAUGUAUCCCCAGAAAUUUAAGAAUUUGGUGACAAAUAGUAACAGACUAACGACCCCGUUCGAUGUGUUCAUGACGUUGCACGAGCUUGCAAACGACACAAACGUGGAGAACGUGGUGAGCAGCGGGUGUCCCAAGUGUGUGUCCCUCUUCACCCAAGUGCCGUGGAACAGGUCCUGCGAAGAUGCCAGCAUCACCAAACAUUGGUGCACCUGUUCGGAAUUCAGGACGUUGUCGACCGAAGGUGACUUUGUGCGAUUGAUGGUUGAUUUUGUGGUCAACGAGAUCAACACGCUACUCACAAACGGCAAAAACUCGACGACACCCAACAUGAAAUGUGCCAAACUUACAGCUAGAAGAAUUUUAUCGGUGAGGAGCACUGUGUUCGAGAAAACUGUCAAACAAGACCAUUUUGUGAUUAUGUUUGAGACUGUGCCCGGUGAGGGAAUUUUCGAAGCUACCGUUAAAAACGGCCCACAAUUCCAACUAGUCGAUACUGUAAGCAGGGUUAGUAUGUAUGGUAGUCAGAGCUCUUGUAUGAAGAGCGCUUUUUUGAAAAAGUAUUGUUACUGCGUGAAAAAGUGACAAUUGAGUGGUAGAGUGCCCUAUCGCUUUGUACAUACUAAACAGCGAUGACUUUGUUCUCACAUAAUAGUCUAGUCUACUCAUAGAGGUAAGCAUAGAACUUGUGACAUAUUCACUUAUUUAUUCGAAGAGUUUGAAUAAUAUUGUUAUAUAGAUCAUUCAUCAUGGAAUUGAAUGACUGUGACUACAGAGAAUCAUUAUAUAUAUAUAUAUAUAUAUAUAUAUAUAUUAUAUAUAUAUAUAUAUAUAGUCAUAUAUACUCAUAUAUAUAGCUGAUAAAAGUUAGUUCGAACUAGUAACAAUAUAGGCUAGUUGGAUUAAAAGGUGAAUCAAAAUAAGCUAUAAUUUGAUAAUUUAUAGAAUCCCACUUUUAACUUGGACAUAAAGCACAAAAAUUGAGUAAUAUUAUCUGCAUCAAUGAAUCCAUAGAUUUGUCGGUUUUUAUUUAUUAUUUUGAAUUUAUACAGAAUUACCAAGUAAGUAGCUUGGUACCCGAGGUAUGUUUUCCUACAGUAACCUUGAAAAGUGGCCAUUCCUGCACUGAUUAAAGAACGCAAAGAAUCACUUUUCCGCUCUAGUGCGGGAAUUUUUUUUUCUGCACUCCAGAUUUGCAACAUGGCAACGCAAAAUAGUUGGUGGGUUAUAUAUGGAGGAUUAGGGUACGAAAAGAAAAAUUAAGUUGGUAACAAUGACUGUGGUAUAGUGUUGUGGUGCACGUUAUAAUAAUAUUAAGGACAACGAGGACAACGACAUGAGUGACAGCCGCCUUCAGACAUUUACUACAUUAUUAUUCAAUUUUAUUUAUUAAUAAUAAAAUUACACAGAAAAACAUUUGAUGGAUUUCAGGGAAUUUUAUCCAUAAUUACCAACUUUUCAUAUUCAAUGGUAACUGUAGGAAAAAUUAAAUGUGAAAUACGUGCGCAAAGUUCCUCUGCUGCACUCAAGAAACCAUUCCUACUCGCCUACGGCUCGGGCGUAAACGUUUCUUUCAGUGCAGCAAACUGUCACUUUGCGCACUAGUUGCACAAAUAACUAUUUUAGUCUAACUUUUUUGGUCUUAAGCUCGAAAAAACCUCAAAAAUCAUAGUAUUGCAGAAAGAUCAAUGUGAGCAAUCUGUUGAACCCACAAUCAGUGGGUUGACUUCUAAUAAGGACUGAGUUGGAAUUGGAUAGUUUAUUGUAGGAAAUAUAUUUUCAUCCCAUUGAACCUUCUAUAUCAUUUGAAUCACAGUAUUUUCGUAUUAUUUAAAUUGUGAGUUUUAGGACAAGGGCUCUCACUAAACUACGAUUGUCGAUGACUGCCAUAGCUACUCAUGAAAUAUUUAUUGAUAAUUUAUUUUUAAUUAUAAAAUACAUAAACGAGUAUUAUUAUCAGGAUCGAUGUCAUGAAAAUUAGCAUAUGAGUGUUGAAAUGAUGUGAGCAUGUGUCGAAUCCGAAUAGAUUGUGUUGAAAAAAUACCUACUAUUACUUCUAAUAGUAGGUAUUGGUUGACACCAUCAUAAAGAAAGAGCAGAAGCCUAAUGAUCCCAAUUCAAGCUCAAAGAAACUGUAUGUUUGAGUUUACAAAAAAUUGAUUUGUCAAUCCUUAUUCUUGGAACUCAAUAUUCUUAUUACUAUUUGAUUGUAGACCUAAAAAGUGAGCAUCUAUUAAAUAUAAUGUAACCGGUCAUUCACACAACACAUAACUUCAAUAAGAAUCUAAUUUUUAUAAUUUUUAAUUGAUUUUUCAUCAAUUAACUGCUGCAAAAACUAACAGUUAACCAUUUAUUUGACCAAUUUAACGCACACAUUGUUAUAUUAUCAAGUAUUUUACUAGAAGGAAGAAAAGAAAUGAAGAUGUUACCAGGACCGAUAUAGAUUCAAUUUAUCAAUAUUUCUACAAGUAUACUCAGUAGUGGUUUGUUUUAUAUACCUCACCUAUUUGAAAUCCACUCAGAAUAGAAAAAGUAUAUGUUCCAUUAAAUAAUACAUUUAUUAUUUAUUAACCUCAGUUAUGAAUAAUGAGAAAGCAUACGGAUCCACAAUAAUACAAUUUUAAUUCAUAAGUUAUAACCUACUUGCUGAAUCGAUAUAAUUAAUUCAAAGUCUCUACUUUUAUAUUGAUUCAGGUAUUUUCUUUACUAGUGAAUUCUCCAUGACCUUAAGAGUACAUGUGAAAUCAAUUUGACCAUUAUUUGAGUUUCGUAUUAUUGUAAGAUAAUAUGAAUAGAGAAACUGUUUGAAAACAAAUUGUAGCACUCAAAAAUACUUAUUGUAUUGCGUUUCUCUAGUUUAAAUUGAGAGAUAAUUUAUCUCCAGAUUUUUUUGACUCGUUUCAAUUCGUCGGAAUUGAUAAGAGCAUUCUUCACACUUCAUAGUGCACAAUUGGCUAUCAUCGUCAACAAUAAGCAUUCUAGCGUUAUUGAAUGGGGGGCUCGAAAUAUGAUUUAAUGCAAACUUAUAUUUCAAGUUUUUUCUUAGGAAAAAUCCUUUAAAAAAUGUAAAAACUUCAGCACAAAUUACAGAUACACAAUUUAUGAAUUCACAGAGAGUGGAAAGGGAAAGUUUUGAGAAGUACGGUAAUCCAUUUUUCUCAUAACACAUUGCAAUGCAAAUCUAUAGAGAAAAUUUGACUCAAUUUAUUUUUAUUAUCAGAAAUCGGUUAGCCUACAUGAAAAUCUGAGAAUCAAAUUAGCUAAAGACGGAUUCAAGAUUCAAACUAAAGGGAGAUUGAGGGAAGAAAUAAUAUCAAAUCAGAAUAAAAUAAUAGAAUUUUGUGGUCGAGAGUUAGUUAAGUACACUAUCAUAUUUUGGUAUGUCCAAUUACUUCAUUAAUCAAAACGUUCCUCUUGAAGAUCUAGUCAAUUGUACUAGUAGAAUACCGUAUCAGAAUAUUUUUCAAUGUCACAUCCACUUCCUCUACUUCAUACUUUGAGCUUUUGAAGUUGAAGAAUGUAGAUUUGGAUUUUAUUUAGACUGUAAGCUUGUUAUCUCGAUUAUUUUAAUAUCAAAGUUAGUCAGAUAAAUAUUGAGAAUAAGUUUUCUACAUGAUAAAAAUAAGCUACCCUACCGUCAUGUCAAAAAAUCUCAUUCAGUGGAAAUAUUGUAGGAAACAUUAAGAGAGAAAAAUCCAUUACAAUUAAACAUAAAUAAGCAAUAAUUUUAUUAAUAAUAGAGCACAAGUCAAGGAUGCAAACUGGGAAGGUCUUUGAUUCAAUUAUUGUUAGCCUAUUUGGAUUUUCUUCCAUCCCAAGAAAAUGUAAUGUAAUCAAAUUAGACCUAAGUUGAAUUUGUUUGCCAUUGAAUAAUGAUUUAACGCAAUUAAGAACCCUAACUUAUAGAAAAAUAAGUAGUCUAGGAAGUACUAGAGAUGUUAAAUUUACUGUUAAAUGUUGUAAAAUUAGGUUCAGAACAGGUUAAAUAAUAAGUCAUUCCGCACAUAUUACAAACAGGUACCUAAACCACAUACAUCUAGACACAAUAAAUUAUCUCAGAGACAAUAAAACCAGGAUUGUUUGAUUUAUGGCUACUAUAAAUAUGUGAGAAUACCUGAGUUGUACUGCCUCUUCUUGAACCAAGGCUUUCAGAAAUGCCUUCUUGUACAGUGUAUAGCAUAUAAUAGCAUAAUAUUAUACAAACAAGUCUUUAAAACUAAGGUAAUUAAAAGUGUUCUAGAUCUUAAAUAUUCAGUCUCCGAUAUAUAAGCAUAACUUAUUGAGAUAGUUCUUGAGUAUAUUUUUUACAUCUACAUAAUUUAUAUUUUUAUAUGGAUUGAGUAUUUGUCAAGCUAAAGUGGUCCUUCAUUAUAGUGCUCCCAAUAUAAUUAUAUUGAAGAGUAUGAAUACUUUGCUAGAGUUUAGAAAACAAUGUAAUAUCAAGUCCUGUCUUAAUUAAUACACCUUAUUGCAAUAAUCAACUUUAAUACCGCAAUCUGAACUUUAGUUAUAAGUUUGAACUAUACCCUUACCAAAAUAUCAUGCAUAUACCUAUGCUCUACCAAAAUAUCACUUUACAGUGUGAUUUACUCAAAACUGUCAUGACUGUUGAAUUUGAAGCAUUGAUGUUAUAUCUAUAACAAAUGUUUAAACAGUUCAAAAUAAAUCUCACUAUAACUGCUUUAUCUCAAAAAAUUACAUAGGACAGUUCUAAAACAAAUUAACCAUAGUAAUGAGUAGCAACGACUAUAUUAAUAACUAAUAGCUAAAGCAUUUCAACGCUAAAUGCCUCUGGCCAGUUUGGAAUUACAUGCUGGCCAGAGAUCUUUAGCCAUGAAAUUAUCUCUAGCAUAUUGAUUAAAAUAAAGUAAAAUAGAAAAGUUAACCAAUAAUCAAAUUCACCUCAGGUUCUCAGAUUUUCAAUUAAUGUCUGUAUAUGAGUUUGGUUUCACGAAUGUUCAUUGUAUAAGGGCUAUUUUUUCAAAAAAAAAUUCUAAUCAGAUUUAGAACUAUGUUUGUGAAAUCAAUAUUAUGAAAAUGUCAGUGAUAGCCUAUCAUUAUUAUAGUACCAUACAAGCCUAGUUUUAUGAACAACCCAAAAUAGCGAAUGUAUAAAAAUGAAUUGGGUAGUGUGAUUUUGGAAUGUAAUAAUGUAAAUAUUAUAAUUAUUGGAGUUAGUAAGGUAUGUAGUUGAUAGUUAUGUAGUACCUAUGUUAGUUUUUUACAAGUAGCUUCUAUAUUAGUUCCAUUCAUUAUCACUAUUGAGUUUCUAACUGAUAGCUGCUAUUCCUUCUUCCUAUGUAUAACUAUAAGACAAACGUUUCUCUGAAAUUAAAUCUUUUGACAUUUAUGGAAUUGAAAAUGACCGCCAAUUUCAAGUUACUGGAGUAAGACUUUUUCAAGUCACAUUAUUAAUGUUCUCCUUUAGUUGUGGAUAUAUGCAAAAUCUGUCACUUUUACACAAUAAACUGAACAAACAAUAUUAUCAGGUUACCAGCCAGGAUAAGCAUAAUUUGCAAGACUUAUCUUAUUCUAUUAAGCAAGCAAUUUUUCGAUUAUAUCUGCAAUUUAGUUCAUUCAAUAUAAUCAUCAAGUUGCUUAGAAAGUCACUAGUCUAUUAUGUAACACAGUCAAUAAAGUGAAAGAAACACGUAUUUUUGUACCAAGGUUUAAUUCUAUACAAAUAUCAAACAAAUCUUGAACUUGAAACCCAUUUUUGAUUAUUCAUCGUCUCAUAAACAGUGCCCUUUUACACAAUCAAAAAUAAUUACACGCACUCAUUUUAAUUUUUGGUAAUUUGUGCAUUUAUCUUGGUUUAAAAUAAUAUUACAAGAAGAUUAUUACUGUACAUUGGAUCUUCGAGUAAAUUAUUUCAACUAAUAAUAAUACUGACGCUGACGCACUAAGGAAUAAUAAAAAAAUGUAUUAGAUCCACGAUUCUCAAUUUCACGUUUUGUCUGUCUUGAGACACAAUAAAUACGGUAGUCAAUCUUAUGCACAAAUUUUUCUAUUCACUUUCAACUCUUAUUCUCAUGUCAAUAUUUAAUAAGCUGCCUUAGUGAUAAUCAUUACUUUAUGAACAUAAUAAUAAAAUUGCACAAAUGAAAAUAGUGCAUGAUAAUUAUUCAAUAUUGUAUCUCUGAACAAUUAGAACACUUCAAACAAUUCUACCAUGUAUGAUUUGAAAAAUGUCUGAUUUCACAACUGAUUAGGUUAUUGUUGUUACUUUACUGAUUGCUGACUAAUCUAGUAUGACAUAAUUUUAUUCUAUUAUUUUCCAGUUUUUUCUAAUAUUUUUGUCGAAUUUCCAGUAAUUUUUUAUAAUUUGAAGUUUAUUAGAUACAUUAAGAUGCAUAGAAUAGUAUAUUGUUACCAAAUUAUCAUAAUAUUAUAAUCUUGUUCUAAUUAAGGAAUUGCGAAUAAGUUUUUUGAACUGAGACUGUCUAACUAGAGUUCACCGCUGUGAUUAAUUUACUGUGAACAUAAGUAAAAUAUUUUUAUAUUAAUGGA